CUACAAUCUGGGUCAUUGAAGGCGCUUGCACUCUGCCGCUCCUACUGCGGCUACACUUUCUACAGGAUGUUCACAACACCUGCGGCAUAGGACGCCUUGGCGUCAUACAUAGAAACACCAUGGACGCGUUGCUUGUUAUUCUUUUAGGCCUGGUUGUCUUGCUGGUGGUGGUUAGCGUAGUGUUGGCUUGCGUGUUCUUCAUGCUAGCGAGGUCGCUACCUCCUGUACAGAAGGGUGUUGUAGCGUUCUUCCAUCCCUUUGCGGAUGGUGGCGGAGGCGGAGAGCGGGUGCUAUGGUGCGCCGUGAAAGCCGUCCAAGACGCCUCCAAGACGGCAAAGGUAGUCAUAUACGUGCGUGAGGGGGUGAGCGCCCAGCAGCUGUUGGACGAUGCCGCCCGGCGCUUCAACAUACACAUCGACAAACCCAUCCAGCUGCUGCCGCUCCGCCGCGCGCCCCUGCUGCUGCCCGAGCGCUACCCUCGCCUCACGCUGGUGCGGCAGGCGGUGGCGGCGGUUGGGGCGGGGCUGGAGGCGCUGCGGCAGUGCGUGCCGGAGGUGUUCAUUGACACCACGGGCUGGGCCUUCCCCUACCCCUGGGCCGCCUGGGCGGGUGCGCGCGUGGUGGCCUACGUGCACUACCCCACGCUAAGCAGCGACAUGCUGGCACGCGUGUGGAGCGGCGCCGCGGGGUUCAACAACGGGCCGGAGAUAGCGGAGUCCCCAGUUAAGUCCGCCGCCAAGCUGCUCUACUACUGGCUGCUGGCGGGGUGGUAUGGCGCCUGCGGGGGCGCGGUGGCGGUGGCGGCGGUCAACAGCAGCUGGACGCGACGGCACAUGCGGCGGCUAUGGGGGUGGACGGGGAGGCAGCCGGUGCUGGUCUACCCGCCCGUGGACACCCCCGCGCUGCUGUCCCUCCCCCUGGACCGCCCGCUCAAGCAGCUGUACCUGGUAUCGGUGGCGCAGUUCCGCCCCGAGAAGAACCACCGGCUGCAGCUGCAGGCGUUCGCGGCGGCCAAGAGGGCGGCGGGGCCCACGCUGCAGGGUCAGGCGGUCCGCGAGGCCAAGCUCAAGUUCAUCGGCGGUGUGCGUGGGCCGGGUGACGAGGCGAGGCUGGCUGAGCUGCGGGGCUAUGCGGAGGAGCUGGGGCUGGGGGAUAGUGUGGAGUGGAUCCCCAACGCCCCCUACUCCCAGCUGGUGUCGCUGCUGGGCGGUGCGGUGGGCGGCCUGCACGCCAUGACGGACGAGCACUUCGGGAUCAGCGUGGUGGAGUACAUGGCGGCGGGGGUGGUACCCAUUGCACACAACUCGGCCGGGCCCGCUGAGGACAUCGUGCUGCCCCUGGAGCCGCACGAGGCGGCGGCAGCAGCCCUCAGCGACAACACCGCUGCUGCUGCUGCUGGUGGUGCUGCUGGUGGCGGUGCUGCUGGUGGCGGUGCCGACCCGCACGCCCCCACACCUUUAUCAUCAUCAUCAGCAGAAGCAGCAGGCACCUCCCCCGCCGAGACCGCAGCCCAUGAGGGCUCGCUGCUCCCCCACCUCUCCGAGCGCCCCUGCUCCCCGCCCCAGUGCUCCGCCCCCCAGAUCACCGGCUUCCUGGCCUCCAGCGUGGAGGAGUACGCGGAGGCCAUCAGUCGGCUGCUGGGAAUGGAGCAGCGCGAGCGGCUGCGCAUUGCGGCGGCGGCGCAGCGGCGGGCGGCGCGGUUCAGCACGGCGAGGUUCAUGCAGGACUUCACGGCGGCGGUGGGGGGGCUGCUGCCGCCGUGAGGGGGGGUGGUGUGUAGAGGAAACUGACGAGCUGUAUGACAAGCUUCAC